AUGGCGACUUUCUAUAAGUUGAUGGGCGUGGCAUCAGACGGCUUCGACCCUGAACAACGAUUUGUAACGUCCUGGUUACUUCCACCGUCGCUACUCGCUGCCUAUCGUCUUCUGUUUGCCCUCUUCGAUUGGGCCACCAUAAUCACCAUUUUUAUCUGGGACGGGAUCAAUGACCCUGAUGAGAUCGCUAGGGACUUCAGCUACUUCACAGCAUUGACAUGGUGGGGACUUACAACUUACUUGACAAUAUCGGGGCUGCAUACGCUUGUUUAUUCUAGCAAAGGGUACACCUGGUUGCAUCGAAGCUGGCCCCGUCCUUUGCAGGUGCUUCACAGCUUGUUCUAUACGACUAUUGUGGUGUUUCCUUUUAUUGUUACAAUUGUUUACUGGGCGAUCUUGUACGAUGGGCCGUGGUUCUCUGUCAAAAUGAGUGCUUUCGCAAAUGUAUCGAGGCACGCCUUGAACUCGUUAGCUGCACUUCUCGAGAUAAUCCUUCCGGCUACGAGCCCUCCACCUUGGCUACAUGUCCUCUUCCUCAUUGUUCUGUUGGCAAUGUACUUGGGUCUUGCUUACGUGACACAUGUAACACAAGGCUUCUAUGUCUACAGCUUCUUGAACCCGGCGCGUGGGGCUGGUCAACUUGCAGGAUACAUUGUUGGAAUUGCGGUUGCGUGUGUCGUGAUCUUCCUGCUCGCUCGGAGCCUUGUUUGGGCUAGAAAACGCUUUACCGGUCCUGGAAAGAGAAGCAAGAAUGAUAUGCCUAGACACAACGAUCCGUACACUGAUCAACAACUGGAGAUGAGUGCGAAGUAA